UGGAAGCUAAGUCACUCAAUCUGCUUCCUCUGCAAAGCUGCAGGGCAUUGCACAGGAAAUCCACUGCUGUGUCAAGUCCCAGAGAAGUUUCUUCUCUUCCAAGUUACUAAUCAGACUAAGGAAGGGGCAGAGAGGAAAGGAGCGCUCGCUGCUGAUGGGUUAAGAGGUGCUACCACGCAGAAGCCAGCGGGAGAGCGGAGGGAACCUGGCCAUGGUCACUGUUGCUCCCCUACCUGUGAGGAGAAAACGUACCGAGUGAGCGGCAGACACCAGAAACCAGAAAUGUCCUGCUUUUGGAGAACUUCUGACCUAGCGGUACUCUUGAUAUGGGGGGUCUUUGUGGCUGAGUCAAGUUGUAUAAAUGGGAAUCAAACGGCACAGAAUAGUCCAUCACCUUUGCCAGAAGUUAAUACUAUAGUGUCUGUGCAGAUGGGUACAAAGGCUCUGCUCUGCUGCCCUGAUGUUUCACUGACAAAAGCAGUACUAAUAACAUGGGAAAUAAUCCUAAGAAACCAGCCUUCCUGCAGAAUAUCCUACAGAGUAGAAACCAAGGAGACCAAUGAAACCAACUGUACAGACAGGAGAAUCACCUGGGACUCCACACCUGACCAGAGUCCUGAUCUUCAGAUCAGUGCAGUGGCCCUCGAUCAUGAUGGGCAUUAUUCAUGUCAGAUAGCAACAUCUGAUGGGCAUUUCCAAGAGAGACGUGACCUGCAAGUUCUAGUCCCCCCUGAAGUAACCCUGUCUCCAGGGAAAAGCAGAACUGCAGUUUGUGAGGCAACUGCAGGCAAGCCGGCUGCUCAGAUCUCCUGGACUCCAGAUGGGGACUGCAAAACUAUGAAUGAAUCACACAGCAAUGGCACCGUGACUGUCAGGAGCACAUGCCAGUGGGAUCAGAGCAAUGUGUCUGCUGUGUUCUGCUUUGUCUCCCAUUUGACCGGCAACCAGACUCUGUCCAUAGAACUGAUCGGAGGUAGUGACAAAGCAUUACGAUCUUAUAUUCCGUACGUCAUCCCAUGUACUAUUAUUAUUAUUGUUUUGAUCAUCACAGGAUGCAUUUGGCUUUUGAAAAUCAGUGGCUUCAGAAAAUGUAAAUGGACAAGACCAGGAGCUUCUACAGUUGUUGAGGAGGAUGACAUGCAGCCUUACGCUAGCUACACGGAGAAGAGCAAUCCACUCUAUGAUACUGUGACCAAGGUGGAGGAGGCAUGCUCGAUGCCACAAGGUGAAGUCAAUGGCACGGACUGGCUUGCUUUAUCAGCCACUGGAAUCUAGAACCAAGAAAAAUGAAUCAAGAGACACCAUAAUUACUGCUUUGCUUUCCUUAAAAUUCUACAAUGGAAGGAUUACUUGGAAACUUGCUCUUCAAAAGUUCUUAGAAAGCACAAAUGUUCUAAUGGAUUUGCAUUUGUAUUCUUCUAUGAUUGGAGGUUUGGAAUCUUUGCUGCUACCAGUUAGUUCUUUGAAGAACUGAUGUAAUUAUUACAAAGAAAGCACAAGGUUAUUAUACAAUAUCACAUUGUGCAAUAUAGUAUGAUGAAAACUGAGUUUCCUCAAGAAAUAAUGUGGAAGGAACAAUCAUUACUAAAGAGUUUCUCAUGAAUUCUUCCAAAAAUUUUUCUCUGUAUAUGACAUACCUAUGGUAUAUGUAUGCAUUUAUGUUUAUUUACAUAUGUGUAUACAUGCACACAUCACCUUGUCAAGACCGCUCCUUGUCAAAACAUACUGGAAUGCUGGACCUACAAAAGUUAAUAAUGUGAGUCUUGGAAACGUUUUUAUAACAGCAUAAGCAAAACUACCUCAUUCUUUUUAAUGUCUAUGUAAAAUUCCACUGUAUGAUUAUAUUGUAAUUUAAUAAAUCAUGGCCCUUGGAUGGGCAUUUAGA